UGCUCGUGAACAGCAAAUUUACUUUGUAAACUGCUCUCAAGUCGGCAACAGGUACCAUAACCACCCUGCACUGUCUAUGAGUUGUCAACCAACCUUUGCGACCUCCUCCGCAAAACUCUAUUCCCCUCUAAUGCUGGGGAUGGGUGGAUACCUUGAAUUUUUAGCUAAAAGCUCGCUAAGACCGGGUUUGACAAAGCGAAUUCAACGGUUUGGUCCUUGGUAAAAACUGCGCAAGGACAAAGAAGCGAAAUUGUCACGAUCGAUAUGAAGCAAGCAAACAAAAAUUUCAGGUCCCGAUAAUCGGAACUAUGUUUCUCACGGACCGAUUAUGUAUCGUGUUGUUGGCCCGAUCGGAUGCACUGGCGGCAAGUACCCGUGUUCAUACAAUGGCAAGAAUGGAACGACGGCGAUCAAAAACUGCGACCAUCCUACAAUAUUUAUUGGGUUGUUUUGUGCGACAAUCAACCACGUGAGGAACAAAAUGAUUAUUGCACUGAUAACUGAGGCUAAAAGAAUGAGAUGGGAUAGCAGUAAGGAGUCACAGAAUCUUGCUUUUGCCAAGCUGGCGUAA